UGUUCGCAUUCCGUUCCCUCUGCUUUCCUCCGCUAGUUCUAGACUUCUAGUUGAAGUGUUGAACUGAACUGGCUACCGAGUACCAGUGAGAGAGGAAGACAGAGCUGAGGUCGUGUAGGGUGUGAAACAUCCAUUCAGGAAUUAGGGUUCUUUAUGAAUAUGUCAUCUAGCCGCCGGCGAAUGAAAAGGGGGUGAUUGAGUGACGACAUCAUGAACUAUCUACCCUAGGUGAGAGCCUGACCUGAGUUCAGUCAAGAAUUAGGGUUCUCUCGGAAAAUGUCAUCUGGUGGAUCAAAAGGAGUAAUGGAGGGGGAUUUGCAGGUUGUUGCGGUGCCUAAGAAACCAAAAGCUGCUCUUCCUCCUCUCCCACCGGCCUCGGGGUCUAACGCCAUUGUCGAGUACACUAAGCCUGUCCCAAAAGAAGAAGAAGACUUGGAGGUUAAGCUUCGCAGGAUCAUCGAUCACGUACCCGUUCGUGUCAGCAACACCUCCGGUAGCUCCGCUGGUUCCGGCUCCGGUGACUUCCAUCAGUAUCGGCAAAUGAGACGGAAGGAGCAAGAUCGGCUUGCUAGGAUGGAUGCAGACUACCAGAAAAGAAAGGAACUAGCUGAGUUUAAUAUGAGAAGGGAAGAAAGAAUGAAAGCUGCAGAAGAGAGAACUGCAAAGAAGCGCUUGAAACGCCAAAAGAAGAAACAAAGAAGGAAGGAGAAGAAAGCUAAAAUGAAUGCUGGUGGGGGAGAGCAAGAGAAAGACUCUUCAGCUGACAAUGACUCAGAUAGUGGUGAAGAUGAAAAGUGAGGCAAGUUGUUAGCAAAGUAUAUCCCAACUAAAUCUGGUGUCCGCGAGGUGUUCGGGAAGUAACACGUACUGAUUACUGAACUUUGUUGGAUGAGUUGGUUCUCGCAUGGUGCACCCUGAAUGGCUGAUGCCAGUGCCACCCUUUGGGUCCAUUCACAUGCUACGUAUCUUGCUUCCUGCUCCAUUGAAUGAAGCUGGUGUGAGCAAUCUGCAGUGUUUAAUUCAGUAGGCCAUAGCCAAAUGUCUCAAUCUGCCAUUCUGCCUAGAUGUAUAUUUGUUUUUUUCUAUCAUUGUUUCUUGAACUUUUGAAGCCCCCUGGGGUUGUUGGCACGAGUUUUACUAGGAUCCGGAUGUUUUUAAGGCAGGUGAAGUUAUUUCUCUUGAACAUUAAUCGAAGCCUUAGCCCAACCAUAUGGGAUCAUACAUGAUUAUUUCUUUCAAAUCUA